GGUGUGGGGAUUGGAUGUUUUUUUUCAUGCUAGAAUAAACAAUUCUUCUAUCAAUAUUUUUCUCGCUGCUACUUUUGAAAUUAUCCGAAAACUCAUAUCUCAAAAAGAAGUUAAGAUGGCGCAACAGCCUCUUGUAAACCGCAUCUUGACGCUUGUCAAGCAUCCGCAAUUCACCUGGUGGAUAGGGCAUUGUGUCGUACUUUUCUGUUCAUUCUUCUACUUUUAUUAUUGGAUCACCUUCCGCAACGCUGAAAGAACAAGUUACUAUUAUACAGCAUAUUUAGGUGCUAUGUUAAGUUAUGGGGUCGUAGUAUAUAAAACAUUUGGUACACCACAUCCAUCUUGGAAAUAUUUUCAAAAGAUUCACAAAGAUGAAAAUGUAUUUUAUCUGGGGUUAUCUGUAUUGUGGUUCUUGAAUGCUCCAGUUAUAGUAACCCUUUUACCGUAUGCCACAUUCUCUUUAUUUCACUCGAUUACGUAUUUCCGUACCAAUAUUCUCCCAACAUUUUUUCCCCCUUCACAUCAGCCUUACUCCGGAUCACAGUCUUCAUCGACAUCAUCCCCCUAUGAACAAUGGGCGAACAAUAUGUCAAGGUUUAUUAUGACCUGGGUUCAACGGCAUUAUGAUCAAGCAAUGAGAACUGUUAGUUUUUUUGAAGUAGUAGUUAUCACGCUCAUGUUAAUUUGGAAUAUUCUAAUGUUUCGCCUUAGCUUCUACACACUAAUUAUAUAUUUCUUCUUUCUUCGUAUGCGAUAUCAUAUGAAUCAAUUUUCCCGGCAAGCAUUUAUUGAAUUGGGUCAGUUUUUGGACGGAUGGCUAGUGCCCCCGUCAGCUAGUGCAAAUAUUCCUUCAUAUGUUACAAAAGCUUACCUACAAGCCAAAUCUGCAGUUAUUUGGGCUGGUAGCUUCAAUCCUCAAAGACGGUGA